UCGAGACAAAACCACCAGAAAAUGGCCAGGAGGCGAUCGACGGGGAGAACUUCGGGUCCCGUCGACGUCGACGUCGACAUCGACGGAAUCCCCAGCCUGACCCGAGCGAGCACGGGGACGGGGAAUCGCUGGUUGGUGCUGCUUGCGCGACCUCGCGUACGCUAUCAGCGCCGCAGGGGUGGCACCCCACCCUGUGCAAUGGAGGUGCUCGACGAAAUGUCGAACCGGACCUUGACGCUCCAGGCUCAGCAGUGCACGCUCCACAGGCGAUCGACACAAUGCCUGAGUGGAGCAGCUGUCUCUGGGGUCGGCUGCUCGGGCGUGCCCGGUAUGCUGCUGCGCUUGUACUAACCAUCUUUGAGCACUGCGAUCUCUUCCCGUGUCCAGCUAUCUUUGAAGAACACAGGUUGUCCCUCAGUAGUCUGAGCAGCAGCCGUCGCUCUGGAUACAAGCUCAAAGCCGCAACCUCAGCCAGGCCAACGGGGCAGCCAUUCCGAGUGAGCAACUGAGCAUUCGAAGCUUUCCCAUUUCAGGCAAUUUUACUAGUUACAUCUGGAUACAAGCUCAAACCAGCAAGCUCGGCUAGGGGCUGAUGUAUGAUAGCUAAUGAGGGCAGUCAUUCCUGUGACUAUGCCUAUCUGACGAGCAUUGCAUUGCUUUCUCAUUCCAGUCGGAUCUAGGUAUUCAGAGAAACCCAAAGGGAAAUAUCUGGACCGCUAUUUUGGUUAUCGCUCUGGACGCAAGCUCACUCGCAACCGUUUAUGGUUAAUGAGGCAGCCUUCCCGUGUGACUGAGCGUUGCAUGCUUUCCAUGCCAGAUACCUUCUCCAUCCAAGAAACUCUUACCUGAUGCUCCAGAUGGAGGCAUAGAGAGCAACUGAAAGCCUGAGACUUUAGCAACCACAUGGCAGACAGUGGGCAGUUCGUGGUCACCAUUGGUCUGACGAACAUCAACACCACGAGGCAAGAUCCCAUCAAUGUCACAUUCAGCAGAAAUUUGUUACCCUCUUGCCAUGUAUCCAGCUCCAGCAACAAUGAUGAUUUUGAGCUAUUGUGGAGACAUCGUAAAUAUUUGGUACUUCUUGGAGUCCUAGCAGUUGGUGUGACAUACAAUGCUGGAUUAACACCGCCAGGGGGAUCGUGGACACUAAAUGUGGAUGGUCAUCUUGCUGGUGACCCUGUCAUGCAUGAUGGCUUUUCUGAACGAUAUAAGGUGUUCUUUUACUGCAAUGCAGCAGCCUUCGCUGCAUCUCUUGUCUUAAUCAUCUUGCUUCUCAGUAAGAGUGUGACAAGGAAGAGGAUGUGGCUCCACUCAAUGCAAUUAACCAUGAUACUAGACCUAUUCAGCCUGCUGGGGGCUUAUGCUGCCGGAAGUUUCAGGGCACUCAAAUCAUCCAUUUACAUCUGGGUUCUAGUCCUUACUGUUAUCAUAUAUGUUGGGAUCCAUACCCUAGUAUCCACAAGGUUUAUUCCAAGAAAAUUGAAACGGAAUCUGCAGAACAUGAUAAAUACAGUUCUAAUCAAACGGGGUUUCCUUGUGAGGCAAGUGAGCAUCCCUUUAGAGAACGUUGAGGAGGCUCGCAAGUUCAUUUUGAUGCUUGUAACUUUUGCUGCUACUAUCACCUACCAAGCAGGAUUGAAUCCACCGGGCGGCUUUUGGGCUGAAAACAACCAUGGUUCUAAUAAGCUGCAUAUGGCCCUUCCUCUUUACAAUCAUCAUCCGGCUACUUCUGUUCUCAAAAGUAACUACCUUCGUCGUUAUAAUAUAUUUAUCACUUCCAAUUCAACUUCCUUCGUGACAUCUUUGGUCAUAAUCAUACUACUUCUGAGCCCAAAAUUGAGUGGACAUGGAAUAAGGACCAAAGCAAUGAUUGUAUGUGUGGUAGUGGACCUAUUGUGCCUAAUUGUUGCAUAUGCUGCAGGAUGUUGUAGAGAUGUAGCAACAUCAUUCUAUGUGGUGUUUAUCAUCGUCAUAGUUUGGAUCUCCUUUGCAAUUUUAGCUGGAUUCUUUGUUACCAGGCCUGUAGCAAAUUGGCUACAAAAGGUCAAAUCAAGCAGCCUGUGGUGUGUGAGAAAAUUGGGUCGUGCACUUUCAUUGAGCUUUCGUGGCCACAGAUCAAGCAAUGCAGAGCAGGACAAUUCUUACGCAAGCAAUCAUCAACCUUCAGUCCGUUCAACUGAUGCACCUGCAGAAGAUAAUACUCCUGAGCCACAAGACCAGCCUGCAGAGGAACUUCCAAAUAUCAGAGAGGAUGUGUCCUAUGAGGAGCAUGCACCUGCAGAAGAAAGAAAUCAUAUUUCAGAUGAUGAAGAGGCUGUGGAUAACUCACAGCAUCUGUCAGGGAACAGCCAGCAAUCAGCAAAUAUCCAGGAUGUUGCGUCCAACACAGAGUGCCAGUCUCCAGAUGUCCAGCGUGUUGCAAAAAUGGAUGAGGAUGUGUCCAGCUCACCGCAUCCUGCUGGGAACUGUCAACGAUCAGAACAUGGCAUGGGUGUCGUGUCUAACUGGGAGUAUGGGUCUACAGAAGGCAAGCAAGAUGCAAGUAUGGAGGCAGCUAAAUCUAGCACUGAGCAAGAGUAUGACCCAUUACUAAGCCAAACUGCAAAUAGCAUGUGCCGUGUGUCAGAUGACCAGAAAAUUGCAAGUAUGAAGGAGCAUUCUUCAGCUGAUGAUCCCGAGAUCACUGUUCCUUUACCCAAGCAAAAUAUCUCAGCCAGUCAGAGUAAUGGAGACACUAGUGAUGACAUAGUGGAUGAAGGGUUUUCUGAACAUGUGGGAGCCGCUGGUAAUGCGGACCGUGCUGAACAAAAUAUUGUGGUUGAAGCUGAUAAUCCUCGUACUGAGAUUCGUAUCAGUGAUAACUAUCCUACACAAUCUGAGAAUGGACAUAUUGACAGCAAUCAAGUAGUACCCAAUCAAAAUGCUGACGGCAUUCGAACUGAGAAGCAUCUGAAGAAGACCCGCACAUGUAUGUUGCUUCUUGCCAUUCUUGCAGUAUCUCUGGCAUACCAAUCAGGCCUGAAUCCACCAGGUGGAUUUUGGUCAAGACGUAAAGAUCAUCAUUCAGCUGCUGAUCGCAUCCUUGAGGACACCCACCAUCGCCGGUUCAUUGCAUUCUUCUAUCUCAAUGCAAUCGCCUUUGUGGCAUCCAUUGUCAUGAUCACUUUGCUCUUGAACAAGAUGGUGAGCGACAAGGUUACCAAACGGCGUGCAUUGCCAAUAACAAUGAUAGUGGUCCUACUUUCCCUGACCGGAGCUUUUGCUUUGGGGAACUGCAGGGAGGCAAAGAAGACUAUUUUCAUAUCAGUGCUCGUAUGCAGUGUACUUGCUUAUGUUCUCAUUCAUGUCUUGAUAGCAGUACAUAUAAUUCCUCCAGGAUGGAGAAGGCAGGUGGCAGAGAUGCUAGAGCAGUCAGUUAGUCUUUUUUGCUCAGUGCCACGUCAAUCAGGCGACAACCAGACUGGGAGCGGUACUAGUGAGAAGGAGUUGGGAAGGCGGCGUAAUCUUCUAUUGACCAUUUCUAUUUUAGCUGUGACUGUCACAUACCAAGCUGGCAUGAACCCUCCAGGAGGUGUCUGGUCUGAUGACAAGCAUGCCACGGGAACUCCGGGCAAUCCAAUCCUUCAGGAUACCCAUCCAAAACGCUAUGAUGUGUUCUACUACUCAAAUUCAGUUUCAUUUGUGUCAUCUGUGGUCGUCACAAUAUUACUUGUGAAUAAGGAAUCCUGUGAGUAUGGAAUCAAGUCCUAUGCACUGCGAGUGUGUUUGGUGGCGGGCUUGCUUGGCCUCCUCAUUGCCUAUGUUGCAGGAAGUUGCAGAAAUAUUAAACAGUCCAUAUAUCUGAGCGCCAUUGCUAUGGGAGUUCUGGUCUCCCUUUUGAUUCAAGUUCUGCUCUCUUCGAUGCAUGAUACACUGGGAAAACCAUUGGCUAAGUGUCUAGGAUUUCUACACGAUCUUCUCUUCCAUGCAGAGGGUGAACAAGUAAACACUCUUGUGAGUCCAGAAGCUUCAGUUGACGUGAGGUCAGAAGCUUCAGUUGACGUGAGGCCAGAAGCUUCAGUUGUCGAAGAAGAAAAGGUGAGAAAGAGACACAAGUAUCUGAUGCUUCUUGCAAUUUUAGCAGCAUCGAUCGCAUACCAAGCUGGUCUGAACCCACCUGGUGGAUUUUGGUCUGAUGAUAAGGACCAUGUACCAGGCAAUCCCGUCCUUCGUGAUAUUAAUCACCGACGGUACAAGAUCUUCUUCUGGUUCAAUUCUUUCGCAUUCAUGGCAUCCAUUGUCGUCAUCAUGCUGCUGCUGAAUAAAUCUAUCAGGAAGAAGGCUGUGUCACUUGGGGUAUUGCACUUGAUCAUGAUAUUGGAUAUGCUGGCUCUCAUGACAGCUUUUGCUGCGGGAAGCUGCCGCAAAUUGAGGACUUCAGUGUAUGUCUAUGCACUAGUUGGCGGUGUUGUAGUAAUCCUGCUGCUCCUAAUUAUUGUGACAAGUGCAAUUGCAAAAUAUCGGAAGCCAAGAGAGGGAGGUGGGACUAACUCCCCGAGACGUCCUGAACCUGUUUCAGGAGCAAACACACCGGCAUGACCUGAAGUUUGAUGCUCCCUUUUUACAAGAACCCUAUUCAUCUAGGAAUCUAUAUUUCUGUAUUAUCUGCAAACAAUUUGUGUUUCUCCUAUCAGCAUUUUUCUUCAUGUUCAGAUUUGACUUGAACACCGGUGCCUGUUGUAUGUUCUUGGAAAUCAUUUUAGCAUGCUUGAAAUUUGAACUCAAGCCUUCGUCAUGUAAAGGAGCUACAAGCAGGCAAUGAGGAUUAUCUUCAUUAUCGUCA